AUGCGUUUCGCAGCCAUAAUCACUGUCUUCAUCGCCUCGACCAUCGCGGCCCCGACCAGCUUCGCCGCGCCUGCCGCCGACGUCCUGGGUCAGCCGGCGGCGGUCGUCCGGAGAUCCCCCCAGCCCGAACCCGGUUUCUUCACGAGCCUAGCCCAAAAGUUCGGAGGCUCUUCCAGCUACGGUCAGGGCGCCGGCGGCAACUCAAUGCCCGGCGGCGGUGGAGCCUACAACAUGGGCAACCACGCCGGUGGGACGGGCAGCGGCAGCGGCAGCGGCAGCGGCGGCACCACCCGCAUCCUCCUCAAAGCCGCGCUCGCGGGGCUGCUGGCCAAAAGCUCAUCGAGUUCCAGCCACGGUGGGGUCACGGGCGGCGGCGGCGGCGUCGGCGGAGACGCUAACUCUGGUGCCGGCGGAGGCGGCACCUCGAACCUCCUGAAACAGGCCAUGAGCUCUGGGCUUUUGAAAAAGUUUGCCGGGCAGUUGAUGGCGUGA